GCUGUUGUCAAUUGCCAAACGAUAGCCGUUCUAACCUUUACCGGUCGCAUAGUUAAUCAAUUUUCCCGUCGUAUAAUGAAUCAAAAUAUUUAUUCUAGUUCUAAUCAUUUAUUUUUUUUUCUUCACUUACUCGUAUCCUACCUUUGUUACAAUCCUACAGAUAGUGGUGCUGUAUCCCUGACACACUCUACUAUAGAUCAGACCUUAGCUUCAAAUGAAUUGGUAUUCAUCAACUUCUAUGCUGACUGGUGUCGGUUUAGCAACAUGUUGGCUCCAAUAUUUGAUGAAGCUGCUGAUAAAGUGUCUGAAGCUUUUACAAAUCCCGGUCAGGUAGUGAUGGGGAAAGUUGACUGUGACAAAGAAGGUGCCAUUGCUACAAGAUUCCAUAUCACUAAGUAUCCUACCCUUAAGGUUAUUAGGAAUGGUCAGCCCGCUAAAAGAGAAUAUCGUGGCAAAAGAUCUGUUGAGGCUUUUCAAGAGUUUGUAAAGAAGCAGCUUGAAGACCCUAUUAAGGAAUUCCAGGACAUUUCAGAACUGAAGAAUUUAGAUACUAAAAAGAGGAUUAUAAUUGGAUUUUUUGAGAAGAAGGACUGCCCCGAGUACAAUAUAUUCCGAAGAGCAGCUUCUAACCUUAAGGAAGACUGUCAGUUCCAUGUUGGUUUCGGUGAUGCGGUUAGAGCAAUGCAUCCCCCUGGUCAAAAUAUUGUUGUAUUUAGACCUGAUGUUGCCCUAUCAAAUGAAAGGGAUGAGACAUUCAAAGGCUCACUUCUCGAUUAUGAUGAAACUUCUGUCUGGAUGUCAGAAAGAUGUGUUCCAUUGGUUCGAGAGAUAACUUUUGAAAAUGCUGAAGAAUUGACAGAGGAGGGCUUACCUUUCAUGAUUCUCUUCCAUCGACCAGGAAGGGAUGAUGAAACUGUUAAGAUAUUCAAAGACAUUGUAGCUGGUCAACUCAUCUCAGAGAAACAGAACAUCAACUUUCUUACUGCUGAUGGUGAGAAGUUUGCACAUCCCCUCCAUCACCUUGGCAAGAGUCUGGAUGAUCUACCACUUAUUGCCAUUGACAGCUUCAGGCAUAUGUACCUGUUCCCCAAUAUCAAAGAAAUGGAAGUUCCUGGAAAACUAAAAUCAUUCAUUCAGGAUCUCUAUUCUGGAAAACUGCACCGAGAGUUUCAUUACGGACCUGACCUUAACGAAAUUGGAGCACCUGUGGACACCCCUACCAAUCCACCUGAAUCAUCAUUUAGAAAACUCGGGCCAUCGCCCAAUAGAUACACUCUUCUCAAAGAUGAGCUGUAAUGCUGUGUGUCGUUCUCUCUCAGUUCAUUCAGCAACUUGUGAAAUGUUUAAGUACCAAAAUGCUUCAGACUACAAAGACCUCUGUUUUUCCUCAGGUUGAUAACAAUAAACUUUUAGAAAGAAAAGUGUAAUCUGCAUCUUUUAUUUAUUUUUAUCUAUCUGGCUAAUUUUUAGUAACUUUUAAAAGUUACUUUCUUAGUAAAAGUUUUGAGAAUAUAUGUAAUGGAACUAUUUAUUUGUAAGCACAUAUAGAAGGAAACUUGUUGUAAAAAGUUGAUUUGACUUGAGUGAGAAUUGUGAUUUGACUGUUCAGAGUGGCUGUGACAAUAUUGUUCCCUCCAUCUCUACUGCUGGAGCAGGGCUACAGAAGGUAUUAUACAUAAUGCUUUUACAUUCCAUGAAAUUUAUUCGUGAAAAGUUUAUGUAUCUUAUCAAGUGCAUGUGUAUAUAUGUUUAUCCAAGUCAUGUAGGUAUUUCAUUAUAGGGACUUCUUAACGUUAUUUAUCAUUUGGUAAAAAAUGUAAAUAAUUUCUCUAUCUGUGCUGUCAUGUGGUCAUUUAUAGUUUCGGGUGCGUUUGAUAAAUACACAUUAAAUUCUAUUAAUACCCCACUGGAAGAAAUUUUGUGACUGUUGUUUUAAUUAUAUUAUAGAUUACAAAAGUGACAACUGUUCAACUUUUUGAAAAGUAGGUAGUUUUAAUAAUGGUUUAUUGACAAAAUUGUUUUUUAAAUGUAUGAUAAGUUAGUUUUGGGCAGUGAACACAUCAGAUAAAUUAAGAAUUAAAUGUUAUUAAAGAAAGCAUUGAUUUCCGAAUAAAGCCAUUUAGUUUUUAGAUAUGUAUUUUUUUUUUUUUUUUAAUAAAUCGGUAAAGUAAUAAAAAAAAAGUAUGAAAUUGGUUAAAAUUGCUUAGCUUACUGCUGAUUGUAUAAAAGCAUAUUGUUUCUCCUAGAAUGCAUUUAUAUUCAAAAAAUAUAUUUUGUACUUAUUAAAAUUAUUGACACCAUUGCCUCGAGGUUGAGGGACUUACAAUUUCUUAAAAUAAUAGCCUCCUAAUUAUUAUGCUGUUACACUUAGGAAUGUGAAUAUUAGUUUUUAGAUAUUGUAUUUAUGUCUUGUUUUAAUUCCUUUGUAAAUGUUUGCCGUUGUUAUGUUAGGAAAUGUUAUAUGCAGUGUAACAUUGUGAUGUUUUGCGUUUAAAAUUACCUGGUGGUAUUGUCAUUAAGACUUUGCCCUAAUGUUUUAUAGAUUAGAAUCAAAAUAAAAAGUAAUGACCCACAAAUAUUACUUUAAUCAGUUGUAAUUAUUGUUUUUGUUUAUAAAUGUAAAGUUAUUGUAACAUUAGAUUUGUACAUAGUUUAAGAACAUAUAUAUUAUUCUCUAAUUUGUUGUUUGCAUUAGGCUAUUUUAUCAUUGUUUAUUCUUUUACACAAAAUGUUAUAUUUGUUAAAAACGUAUUUAACUAAACAGAAUAUAAUGUUUGCAAUUCAAAAAACCACUUAUCUAUCGUGUUCAGCCCAAAAGAGUAGAUCACAACAGAUUAUUUGCUUAACUUUUCUACUUCAGUGGGCUUACGGUCCCUAUUUUUAAUUGAUGCUUACAUUUUAUGACCAAGGAAAGCAUUUCGAACAAUAAUAAUGAAUACUCUCUGGGCCGAACAUACUGGAUAUAUAUUGUUCUAAUUUUGAUUUAAUUCAAUAAACAUGUUUUGUUUAUUAACCCAGGCCGUGAGGCCUUAUGUAUAGCUGCUUUGUUCAUAUCUUCCUGUAGCUAGCUUAGCAGCAAUUCUAGGAUUGUGUGUAUUAUACAUACCUAUAUGUAUAGAAUACAAUACGGUUUUACGUUUGUAAAAAUUUACUUUAAUAAAAGUAGUAAUUUAAAUUAUUU